CAAGGCCGCGUCUUCCCACCUCUGCCACUUGAUUCCUUUUGCCCUUCUUUUCCACUUCCUUCCUCCGCCGUGGCCUCUCGUCGUUCUGCCCUUGGUCACUCUUCCCGAUCACUCGAUCACGCGCAGGAGCUUGGUUGGGAGACGGGAGUAAGAGGAGGAAGAAGCAUUCGAAGAUUCCCUUUUUUGGUCGUUUUCCAUCAGGUUGCUUCGCUCAUAGACCGUCGAACAGGCGCCUGAGGUACAAGUUCUCUUCCAAAGAUUGUUCCAGCUGUGACACGAUAGUAUCUGAUGGCCAUGGGCGUGGCUAGCGAGUGAUAAGAGAGAAGGCCAGCUCGCAUUUGAGGUUGGUUUUCUGGUGAGUGUCCCUGACUCGGUCCCGGAAUCCGUCGAUAGUUCGCUAUAUCCUCAAUCUCGAUCAGAAGCUAUGGAGUACACCCAACGGGCACCACAGCCAAAGCUGGGAACUUUAGCUCGUGCAUUCAACAAAAUUCUUCGCCUCCGCCGCUCCUUCACUAGCUCUGCCAGUGAUGCUCCCAGUGAAGACUCUUGCUCAGUGCACAAGCUCAAGCUGUCCCAAACCUUCAGUGACUUCCCCACCAUCAUCUCCGAAGGCGGAAGUGAUUUCUACAAGGUUGAGUAUGAGAAGCCACGGCAGAAGUUCUCUUCCAAAGACAGACAGACCACGGAGUCCCUUCUUGCUCACCUCUUCGCCAGCAUCUCCGCCAUCAAAGCGGCUUACGCGCAGCUCCAAAUGGCGCAAUUGCCCUAUCAACCGAACUUGAUACAGUCUUCAGAUCUAACAAUCGUUUCUGAGUUCAGACGUGUCUCGGAGCUGAAGCACUCCUACUUCCGGGACCAGUUGGCCAUUCCCCGUACCGUGUCUGAUUCUAGCUCAGAUCUCGUUGCUCAGAUCGAGGAGCAAUGGAAUCUAAUCAAGGCUUAUCCAAUCACAAAGGCUAAGCUGGAGUCUGAUCUCGAGCUCAAGGAUUCUGAGAUCCUUUCCCUGCAGGCCAAGCUACUUGAAUCUAAGAAAAGGAAUCAAAUUUUGGAUUCGAACCUUCACCCGGGCAGGUCGCUCUCGCCCCUCGAUGGACUACAUCCCUCCGGCUUAACCCCAAACCAUUUUCUUACUGCUCUUCGAUUCGCCAUCAAUUCAAUCAGAUCCUUUGUCAAAGAAUUGGUGAAGCAAAUGGAGUCAGCAAGGUGGGACCUUGACGCCGCUGCUAGCGCAAUUCAACCCGGUGUGCUCCGCCGAGGCCGCACCCACCGGAGCUUAGCCUUCCAGUCCUACAUUUGUCAGCAAAUAUUCUCCGACUUCCACCAUAAAAGCUACAACCUUGAUGGCUUGGAAGACCGAACGAUGUGGUGUCAAAGACGGUUCUUCGACGAAUUCAUAGAGCUCAGACACAUUGUACCGCUUCAGAAGCUAUGGCAGCACCCAGCAGCUGCGAAAUUUCUCAGGGCGAAGUUCCUGUCUCUGGUGCACCCGAAAAUGGAAUCAUCAUUCUUCGGUAAUCUUAACCACAGGGACGCAGUGAGCUCCGGCCGUUGCUUCCCAAACACGGCAUUCUUCACUGGGUUUGCAGAAAUGGCGAUGCGAGUGUGGUUCCUCCACUGCAUUUUCUUCUCCUUUGAGGACAGUUCCAUCUUUCAGGCCAGGAAAGGGAGCCGGUUCUCUGAAGUCUACAUGGAAAGCGUAUGGGAAGUUAAUGAGGACGAUGAUCACGUCACCUCCGCCGCUGCUGAUGAGCACGCUUCUACCGCCGUCGGGUUCACUGUCGUCCCUGGGUUCAGGGUCGGCCAGACGGUGGUCCAGUGCCAGGUCUACCUCGCAUGAGCAACAUGCAUAUGACGUUCGACAGCUCUGAUUUCAUCGAUCCGAUGGCACCUUGUGGAAUUGAGAAAUUGAAAGAUAUCGCGCGGCAGCAAUGUAUAGGGUAGAAAAGCAGCUCAGCAUACUGCCUUAAGUUUAUCUUUAAGCUUAUGCAUUAGAACUUAUAAUGACAGAUUAAUUAGAUGUUAA